AUGGCUGCCUCUGGGUCAUUUGCGAGGCUGUUGAAGAGCAGCAAGGCGAUCCACAUCGAUCCAGCGAUACCGAUCACGUCGACGACGUAUGGCGGUUUUGCGCAUCGACAAGAUCACGGUCUCAAAAGGCCUCUGCCAAAGCUCGCUGUGCCUUUCGUCAAAGUCUCGCAGAUAGACUCGCCCUACAGACAGACUGACUGGGUCGGGAGUAGUCGAGAAGCACAUUUCGUGAAACGAUGGGACGAGUCGGGCGUGGCUGUAGGGUCAAUCGACGACGCCAGCCUCGAACACGAUCUCUACGCGUCGCCAGAGAUGACAGAGAGGGAGGGCAAUAUGACUCAUGUCGAGUCUGUCGACAUUGCUAUUCUGACGGACAAGGAGUUUGAAGACUAUCUGGCCGAGAUACGCAAGCGACGGCCUCAGUUUCGCGAAUUUGUAGCGCAAAGGGAGACAGAUGCUCGCAGAUUGCAAGCGACUCAGCUCAGAGGCAACACAGCGCCAGCGCAAGAUAUAAGACCCGUAGAGACGGAAGAAGUAGACCUCUACCAGCAUGCGACGCAACUGCGCGAUGGUAUGUCACGCGUCAAGCGGUUCUUGCACGAAGAGGCACCCCUGCCGCCCAAGAUUCAGGACAAGAUCGAUAAAGAAUCGCCAACGGGCUCGCUCCACGCUCGACACCCUGCUCUCGGACUGACCUACACGCCCCAUUCGCAAUUCGACAACGUCGUGCUCAAUGAACCCCUGCCGGGCUUCUACCUCGCACCAGAGAUGCUUGAGACCUCAGCCAAAGGGUUGGCAGCCUUCUUAGGUACUGUAGCUGGUCAACAGGGCACAGGUCUUUCCGAUCCGAAAUGGCACCAAUCACGCAACAAGAGUGCGACGCCUGGCAAAGUUGACUUCAUCGUUCGCUCUGCGCCCGUUUUCCCGACCGAUACUCAAUCUCGAGACCGGUAUACGAGUCCACAAGAUCGUAUCAAGGCACUCAUCGAGGCAGCCUCUGAAACCGCACGAAAGAGACCUAGCCGGGCAAAGAGGCAACCGAGAUCGAACCUCUCGCUCGUACCGCCCAAGGCGGUCGGCGUCAAUAUUGCUCCUACGACGAACAUCAAUCGAUUGGCAAAGCUGCAAUAUCCCAUCGGCUCGAGCGAGUGGAUCGCUCAGAACAGCACGAAAGAGACGCAACCGACGCUCGAUUUUACCAGGUCGAGCCGGAGUCGGCCCAGCCUCUUGCGCUCUCGAGGCUCAUCCGGCGGACUGCCUACACGGCAAGCCAAAGGAGAUCCCAAGCAGAGGCGAGCGGCCGAUCCAUGGACAGCCGUACGACAGAACAAGGCCGAAGAUGCAAAAGCGCUCGAGAACCUGCUCAAGUCUUGA